UAAGAGAUGGAGAUUACAGUCUGUUGCUGCAGUUAGUAUAAAACUCUGAGUAACAGACGCCUCGUCAACAAUGUCAGCCAACGCAUCCACCUUCCCUUUAGUGGAUAAACUAUUGGAGGACGAAGCAGAGAGAGAGAUUCUGCUCUCCAAACCAACAUGUUUUAUUAUCAUUGGAAAACCAGGUGUUGGCAAAUCUACUCUUGCCCGAAAAUUAUCCAUGACUUGGAACUGUAUCCUCAUUGAUGAUACAGAUCUUCUCAACAGCCACAUUAGAGAUAAAACAGAACAAGGUAUCCAGCUCUUCAAGAUUCUGUCUGAAGGAAAAACUGUUCCAGCGGAGAUAAUGGUCAAGUUAAUUGCUGACCGUCUCAAGUCACCUGAUAUACAACAUUAUGGUUAUGUCCUGGCUUGUUUACCAUCAAUCUCAGAGGAGUACCUAAAAAUACAAGAGCAAAUAGAUCUGAUUAAAAACCUAAGAAUGCCACCGGACUUCAUCAUUAACAUCAAGUGUGCAGACAAUGACCUGAUUCAAAGACUGUCAGGUGAGCUUCAACAUCCCGAGACAGGCCGUGUGUUUCAGAGUGAGAAGUUGAACGCUGUAACGAAAGAAUCACCCAGGAAAAGCAACAAAGUAGAGGAAGAUGAGGAACCAGAUGAGCUGGAUGAAGAGAUGGAAGCGGUGGAGCUAGACAAAGAUAUGAUCAACAAUCUAGUGAGAGUGAAUUACCCGGAGAAUGUCAAUAGCAGGAUUUCGCUUUAUAAAAACAACAUACUUAGACCUCUAGAGGAUUACAUGGCAGAACAUAACCCCCCAUACUUAAUUGAGCUGAAUGGAAACGAAGACCAAGAGGAGCUCUUUGAGUCAGUGAUGUAUCGAUUGGAGUCCAUGGCUGUGAGACGUGCAGCUGCACCUGUAUCUUUGAUAUCAAUGGAGGAGGCGGAGCUAGCAGAUCAAAUGGACAUGGAGGGGCUGUUACAGACCCUGUCCUACAGUAAGAUUGUCGCACCAGGCUUUCAUUGGCGAAGGAGUCAAUGGUCAUCCACUUGUCCUGUGGCUCUCAAAGAGGGCAGGAUGAUCAAGGGCAGACCUGAGUUCUCUGUUGGCUUCAUGGAUAAGAUCUACAUCCUUUCGUCUCAGGAAGCUUUGCAAAAGUUCAAGACAAACCCUCGGCGAUACCUACUGCCGCCCAUGCCCCACCUGCCAUGCAGGGUGUCUGUAAUCGGGCCACUAUGCUCAGGAAAGAGUACAAUGUCUGCUCUGCUAGCAAAGCAUUAUGGGGCUGUAGUGGUAGAUGUAGACACUCUGCUAGAAAGAACCCAGGCUAUGUUCAGACAGGACAUGUUGGACAAAGCACGUCACAAUGCCACAAUCACAGCCCUGGACAGGGUCAGGGCCAGGAUGGAGCUGGAGGCUACACAUACAUCAGUCAUAGAGGUGACACAAGAUCACCCAGAUGUUCAAGCUCUUGUGAAAGAAGCUAUGAAGGAGGCAGAACAAUCUUUAGCAACAGCUCCACCCGAGCUCUGUUUGGAGGCCCUGGAGAAGCUCAUAAGAGAGAUUGAUGCUGAAGAUGAGGAUGGUGAAUUUAAAAGAGGUUGGAUACUGGACAACCCCUCCAGAUCACAGCUGCUCACCAUUGAGGAGAUACACGGUGCUGUAAUGCCUGACGUCUUAUUCUGUCUGAAAGACAAUAAUGAAGAAGGAAGGACAGUGCUAACCAGGAUGUAUGAAAAGAACAAAAAAGAGGUGGAUGGGGCUGUGCUGGCUCGUCUACAAGAAGAACAGAAACUGCAGAGGAUACAAGACAGCACUGAGACAUUGAAACACAUUGAGGAUACAAAGAAUGCUUCACAGACUGAGACUCAAUCCAAACUCGAUCCUGUAUUUGAGGAGUCUGAUGGUAUUUCCCUAACAUCUCACAUAAUAACAGAUAAGUCUGAUGAUGAAGCCAAAGUUUCAGUUACAUUAAAUGAUGAUGAGGUGGUGCUGCCAAUGGUGUGGGAAAAGGGUUAUCCUGAAAGUCCAGAGAUGGAUGCCUUUAGUUUGCAGCUGAAGCAGUUUUUAAAGGACUGGGAAAGCAUGGAGCACGCUAUCACCUGCAGCUAUGCCGUACUGGACAUCACCAACAAAACCCCUCAGGACAUCCUCAAAGAGAUGGUUCACCAUAUGAAGAGCCCAUUUAAGUACACGGCCACUAAGGUGUCUAGUGAAGACCUGGAAGCAGAGGAAGAAAAUAUAAAAGCGUUGGCACAGGCUGAGACACCAAAAGAUGAUGAGGAGGAAGAGGAAGAAGACGAAUCUGAGGAGGAGGUCACCUUCAAGAGGCAACUGGGAGACACUAAGCAUUUUUGUCCAGUGGUGCUGAAAGAGAGGGGCACACUACACCCGUGUCUGGAUGAAUUCACUGCCAAGUACAGAGAGAAAGUCUAUUAUUUAUCCAGCACAGUGGCACAAGACAAGUUCAUCCAAAACCCUGAACUCUACACUUCAAACGUAGAACAACUAAAGCCACCUGCGCCACGGGUUUUCAUGCUAGGAGUGAGGGGCUCUGGGAAGACCACCCAUGGGAAAUGGCUUGCAAAGCAGCUGGGUGUUUUCUACAUCCAGUUCAGAGAGCGGCUCCAGGAGAUGAUCCUACGAAAGACCCAGAAACAUGUCUCAUAUGCAGAUGAUCCCGAUCUCCCUGAGGAACCUCCGGAGGAUCUCAAGGUCCUGCUGGAAGCUCAGACUCAGAGUACAGUACCCCUUCCUGACCCAGAAGACAAGCCUGGUCAUGAGGAGAUUGCAUCUGAUGAUGCUGAUGGAAAGGAAAGUCCAGGAUUGACUGAUGAUGAGGAGGCCAUAAAAGCAUACCUGCAGGAUGGAGAUCCUCUUCCACCAGAGAUACUUGAAAUGGUUUUAUUACAAUGGUGGAAUCAGGAACCUUACAAGUCCACAGGGUUUAUUCUAGAGGGAUUUCCUCAAAACCAGGAGGAGGUGUCCUUCAUGGCGGAGCACCACUUGUUUCCAGAUGAAGUGGUAGUGAUGUCAGUUGAGGUGGCUGACUUGGUGCGCCGUCUUCUGCCUGGACGGCUCACGUGCUGGAGAGAGAGGCGAGACCGCAGGCGAGAACAGCUGGCUUUGGUUGCAAAGAUGAGGCACGAGCUCAGGGACAAGGCCAUCACCAAGAGAAGAGCUGAGCUUAUGGCUGAACAUUCUCCUAAAACUUCAAGCUCAAGACUCGAUCUCCAAACGCCUCCCAAAGAAGAGGAGGAUGAGGAGGAAGAGGGUUUGCAAGAAGAAGGAGAGGAGAUUGACGAAGAGGAGCAGGAAUUGAAAGAGAUUGAGGCCAUGCUGUUGGAGGAGUUUCCUCCUGUAGAGGAUGAGGUAGAGGAAGAGGAAACAGAAGCCAAUGCAGAAGAAAGGCUGGAGACAGAGAUCAGCCAGAGGUUUGAGAAGGAUAACAACAACCUCUCCAGUAUGAUGGAAUUUCUUACAGAGAACCAAAUCCCCCAUCUGGAUAUAAACACAGGCCGCUUGCCCAGAAUUGUAAGGUACCAGCUUCUCCAGGGAAUCAAACCUCUGGUUGUAAAUAGAGACUCUCUACUUCUGAAGUGCCAGCCAAUCAACUACAGUCUUGCCCGAAGACUCCUUUACUCUUCCUUCAAAUAUCCCAGUGCCUUUGGGUAUUGGGAUCCUGUUUCGUAUGGGGAAGGAGAUUUUAUCCAGCCUCUUCAUGGUCCUUCCAACACUUUCCCCGUCAUCUUGCAUCAGUUCAUCUACUUCUUUGCCUCCAAGGAGACACGCAACACCUUUAUCCUUAAUCCAAUCAAAUACCUCCGGCAACCAAAGCCCAGUCCUUCCCUGCCAAUCAGAUUGGUUGUUAUCGGCUCAUCCAAAGCAGGGAAAACCACAGUGGCGCGGAUGUUUGAAAGUAAGUUCGGUCUAGUUCGCCUUUCCAUUGGGGAUGCGAUACGUACAGUGCUGAAAAACCAGGCCAGAACUGAACUGAGUCAGCAAGUGGUGAAUCAUUUGAACCAAGGCCUGACCGUACCUGAUACUCUGGCCAUCCAGUGCCUUGAGGUGGCACUGAUGAGCCCGGUCUGCAGUACUCGUGGAUUUGUGUUGGAUGGCUUUCCUGUCACCAAGCACCAGGCUGAGUUAAUGGAGUCGUGCAGCAUUAUUCCUAUGUUGGUGAUUGAACUGCAGGUGGACACGGCGGAGGUGCUGAGGAGAGGGCUGAGAGACAGAGAGAAAAACGACAGGCCCUACCCAACACACGACAGCCCACAAAUCCUAAACGCUCGCAAUUCUUGCUUCAUGCAGGAGGCUGAAGCGGUCAGACUUCACUUCCAACAGAAGUAUCACAACUGGAUUCCCAUUGACGCUCGCAAGAGCAAGUGGUGGGUGUGGGAGAGAGUCCUAGAUGAGGUUCGCAUUAGCAUGAGACACAUUCGUGCUUACCUGGAACAGAUUCACACAGGCCAGGCAGCCUGUAUAUACAGACUGUGCAUUACCCCACAAGAGCUUCAGUCUCGACUGGGUGAGUUUGGGCAGUACUGCCCUGUUAGCUUGGCUCUCCAUCGUCAUCUGGUGGAUUGUUCCCAUAAUACCUCACUGGAAUUGGCAGCAGAGUUUAGGGGACACUUCUACAAAAUGGCCAGCAGAGAAUUUCUAGAGAGAUUUCUAGAGUCCCCAGAACAGUUUGUGGCUCCUGGUUGUCCUCACCCACUGCCGCCUCCUUCCCUGCUGCCUCAUAAGCUGAAUGCAGGUCAGGUGAAGAGUCGAUUCCCUCAACAAGUGGAGAUGAAGGGUUUUUGCCCUGUGACUUAUCUGGAUGGACAAGAAAGAUAUGAGGCCUUGGUGCGUGGAAAAAUGGAGUAUGCUGUUGAGUAUAGAAAUAAGAUCUUUAUUUUAGAGAAUGAAAAGAAACAGGAGGAGUUUCUUCGGUUACCAGAGAUUUAUUGGGAUCUGAAACUUCCACAUAAACUUCCUCCCCUGGAAGAUCCAGUCUUACUAACAUCUCUACCCAUCCAAGGCUAUUUGGAACAAAGUGUGGCGAUAUCAGUCAUCAAAGCCAUGACUGCAGUGGGUAAACUCAAACCAAAGUUUCCCUUUCUCAGUGUGAAGAGAUCUGCUUUACUGCAUCUGGCCUUUUACCUGAAAGCAUUUAACAGCAGUAACCCAGACUACAUUCGAGAAAAGUACAAAAGAAAACUUCAGGAGUUUGAGGCAGGCUGUGAGCUUCUCUCAUACCUGGGUACAGCUGUGAGGAAGUACAGAUCUCCUCAUGACGUACCUCCAGAUGUUUCACAGAUGCUGGACAAGUUUCUGGCCAUGGAGAAGUGCACCAAAACAGCUUCAGGCCUGAUACAGCUGGGUGGCAGUCAAAACAAUCACAGUAUUUAAAAAUCAGUCCUGGAUUACAUUAAAAUCAGUAAAAUUGCACUUGCA